ACUGCACCACUGUACGCUACGAAUACCCAAAUAAACCAAAGUGGUGAACGUCAUGCUUACCUGAUAUGCUUGCCGUCGGCACCUGAUGCAAUACAAAGCUCGCGGACUUGCAAUAUAGAAACCAGUACGACAACGACGUUACGGUAUGGAGCCCUCAAGGGAGGAUCCAUCAGGUGGAGUAUGCAAUGGAAGCUGUGAAGCAAGGUUCAGCUACUAUAGGUUUGAAGAAUCAAGAAUAUGCGGUGCUUUUAGCCCUGAAGAGAGCGUCGUCUGAGUUGUCAGCUCAUCAGAAAAAGAUAAUCCCAAUCGACAACCACUGUGGUGUCGCCAUUGCCGGACUCACUGCUGAUGCUCGUCUUCUGAGCAAGUUCAUGCGUACGGAGUGCCUGAACAACCGUUACGCUCACGACACGCCCUUGCCCAUCAGCCGAUUGGUAACGCAGCUUGGCAACAAAAUGCAGGUGUGCACACAGAGAUAUGACAGAAGGCCCUACGGUGUAGGACUUUUGGUAGCUGGAUACGAUGACAUGGGUGCACACGUAUACCAGACCUGUCCGUCUGCCAACUACUUUGACUGCAAGGCCAUGGCUAUUGGUGCCCGAUCACAAUCUGCACGAACAUACCUUGAGAAGCACUUGGAUGAGUUUAAGACAUGUAACCUUGAAGAAUUGGUGAAGCAUGGCCUUAGAGCAUUGCGUGACUGCCUUCCAAACGAAGUUGAGCUUUCAACAAAAAAUGUUUCCAUAGCUAUUGUUGGCAAGGGCAAGGACUUCACCAUCUAUGAUGAUGACGAUGUUGCGCCAUACCUUGCAUCCAUUGAAGGAGAGGAACACCAUCCACCUCCUCCUCCAGGCGAUAAUGAGGUGAUUCCACCGGCCGCAGAGGACGGUGGAGAUAGUGCGGAGCCAAUGCCUGCUGUAGUAGAGGAAGAGAGAAUGGAACAGUGAUGACACUAAUCACCUUCUUGGAUGGCCUGCCUCAUAUCACCGCAACAGGAGGGGGCGCAGGUAUCAGGCACUGGGACGUCUCUUCACCUUUUGCCAUUGUUGAACCAUUUUUUCUAAAGCAUAUUAAAGUGACCUUGGCUGGCA